CAAUUCAUUCACUCUGAAUAUCGUCAUGACUGGGAAGAGAAACCAGACCGGCAGCCCCGUCGGCAGCCCGUCGUCCGGCAACAUCUCCGACAGUUCUUCCAAAGAACAAGACCGAUUCCUCCCAAUAGCUAACGUGAGCCGCAUAAUGAAAAAAUCCCUGCCCGCGAACGCCAAAAUUUCGAAAGAAGCCAAAGAGACGGUGCAAGAAUGCGUAUCGGAGUUCAUAAGUUUCAUCACCGGCGAGGCUUCCGACAAGUGUCAGAGGGAGAAGAGGAAGACCAUAAACGGCGAUGAUCUGUUAUGGGCAAUGACGACGCUGGGUUUCGAGAAUUACGUCGGACCUCUCAAGGGUUAUCUCAACAAGUAUAGGGAAACCGAAGGGGAGAAGAAUUCCAUGGCCAGGCAAGAAGAUCAUCACCAUCAGCAAUCUCCUACGCCGUACACUGUGAUCAACCAUGGCGGAGAAAAUGAAUUCAACGAUGUAAAUGCGGGUGUAUCGUCAUCGGCUAAUGCCGCAGGUCAUUUCCGGGGUUAUAACAACAGGUUCUUUCCGCUCGGGACCCAAGUGAGUCAACCUCCGAGUUGCGGAGAUCAUGGUGGAAGAGGAAUCGGAUAUGAAGAAAAUUUGAUGGCGACUGCAGGUGGUUUCAACACAAGCAUGAUCGGAGAAAAUGGUGAUGGGAAUGGAAACGGUAAUAGAAGCAUGGCGGCUCUUUUUCACAGGGUUGACUGGUAGUACUUUGAAU